UACCGGCGACAGUAUUGAACUAAUCGCAAGAGAGUAAACAGUUAGCGCGAGUCGAAGCUUCAAGUAACUUUACUUGAAUCAAAUUUUUAACUACUUCUUCAAGUUUACAAGUGAAAUACAGUUAUCAAGAAAGAUAAAUGGCGCUUCUACCAUAUUUAUUAGAUGACCUGCGUCCACGACGUCUUCGGGAUCAGUUGUUCGGUUUGGAUCUCAGUCCGGAGGACUUUUUAACUGAUAUUGUGGACCGGCCUGUACUCUCCGUGCGCAAGUAUCUUCGUCCAUGGAGAAACUUAGCGGCAGUUGCCAGAGACGUCGGAUCUACCAUCAAAUCUGACAAGGAUAAAUUCCAGGUGAAUUUGGACGUUCAGCAUUUUGAUCCUGAGGAGAUUUCUGUCAAAACAUCAGACGGCUAUGUGGUGAUUGAAGGCAAGCAUGAAGAGAGAAAGGAUGAGCAUGGCUUCGUGUCCCGUCACUUCAAGCGUCGGUACGCGUUGCCAGAAGGUUGUAACCCUGAGACUGUGGAGUCCCGAUUGUCUUCUGACGGGGUGCUGACAGUUGUAGCUCCGAAAAUAUCUGAGAAUAAGAACGAGAGAGCUAUUCCUAUCACUCAAACCGGACCGGUAAGGAGAAAGCAUCAUGAUGAGGAAGAACAGGAGGUCAAUGGAAACGCCGAGGAAGAAGCCAAUGCGAAAUCGCCUCAGAAAAAACGCAAAAAGUAGAAUUCAGUUAUUCAGAUAAUUAGUUUCUAAGUGUUACUUAAGUUUCCGUAUUGUGAUAAGACUGACUCAGUAUUUCAUAACUAUAAGUUUUCAAUAAAACAUUUCUGUUUGAAAACUUUA